UGUGCUGCGUGUGCACUAGCUGGCGGCUACGGUAGCCGCGCCGGGUCAUUUCUGGUCUUUCUUUCAGAGUGAGAGACAGCGAUGGCUCCCAAGGGCGGCAGUGGCAGCGGCGGGGCUCGGCAGCAGUCGGAAGAAGAGCUGCUUCUGCAGGAUUUUAGCCGCAAUCUCUCGGCCAAGUCUUCGGCACUCUUCUUCGGCAAUGCGUUCAUCGUCUCUGCUAUCCCCAUCUGGCUCUACUGGCGGAUAUGGCAUAUGGAUCUUGUUCAGUCUGCGGUCCUCUACAGCGUAAUGACCCUUGUCAGUACAUAUCUGGUUGCGUUUGCCUACAAGAAUGUAAAGUUUGUUCUUAAACACAAGGUAGCCCAGAAGAGGGAGGAUGCUGUUUCCAAAGAAGUAACUCGCAAGCUGUCUGAAGCAGACAAUAGGAAGAUGUCCCGUAAGGAAAAAGAUGAGAGAAUUUUGUGGAAGAAGAACGAAGUGGCGGACUAUGAAGCAACAACAUUCUCUAUCUUCUACAACAACACCCUUUUCCUGGUCUUGGUCAUCAUUGCCUCAUUUUUUUUACUGAAGAACUUCAACCCCACCGUAAACUAUAUCCUCUCCAUCAGUGCUUCGUCUGGAUUGAUUGCUCUGCUAUCUACGGGCUCUAAGUAGCUGGAAUUGUUUGGCUGGGUCUAGCAGACAGAAGGAGGGUGGGGGGUGUUGCCUUUUUAUAGUUUGAAAACAUGGUGGGUUUUUUUUUACAAAACUGAAGUUAACAGAGGGUCUAUAAAAUGUAACAAAAUUGAGUAAAUCAGAUAUUCUAAUUUAGGCCCACAAAAUGCUCCUUGUAUUUUAACUUUGGAGAUUUAAAACUUAUGUGGACCUUGAAUUCAAAGAAUAUCAGUUGAGAGGCAUGCGAACUGUAUGAAGUUCUGCAAGGGACAUAUUUUAUGUCCUUUUUAUCAGUCAGUGAAAUCAACCUUGUUUGCUGCAAGCAGUGACCGUAUCCCUUAUAAUUUUGUAACCAUGUUUGAAUAAAAGAUUUAAAACAAG